GCUGCGUGCAGUAGCUUGCAUCCCUGGGAAAGCCAGAAGGAGUCUCUGCUGCAUGGGUGGAGAAAGACUCUCACAGAAUGCUUGUUGCUGUUCACAGACUGUCAGCAUCCCAUAAUGAAGUUAAUUUUACAACAUCUGCAGCAUCUUGGUAUCUGAAUUUCCUCAUGAGAAGUGCCCUCCCUGCCUCUCAUGUGCAGUCCUACGUGCCCAUGGGCAGCACCAGCUUAACUAACGUCCUGAAGAGCAUUCCUCACCAUGGAUAGUCCACCCAAACUGACUGGUGAGACGCUGAUUGUCCAUCACAUUCCCCUGGUGCAUUGCCAGGUUCCUGAUAGACAGUGCUGCUCCAUGAGCAAAAGGACCAACCCCUUCUGCCAGCCAGAGCUCAGCAUCACACAGACCUCUGCCCUUCCAGACAGAGACCUUUCACAGACUGACUCCUUGGUAUAUAGCAGCUUUCUUCAGACCUCUGAAACCUCAGCAGAGGCCUCAGACAACAAAGAAGGCAAAGCAAGGGAUUUGAUUGUCCCUAGUGUCAGUAAGCGACACAAUCCUUUCCUGUUGAGUGAGGGUGAAGACCUCAGCAUCUUUGGGGAUGAUUUGGGUCAGAAAUCUUUCCAUCUUCACAACUCACUUGUGGCUGGAAAACCUCCCUUUCAUCUGCACGAGCUGGCCUUGCCCCCAUUCCACCUCCACGACACUAACCACAUUGUGAAACCCUGGAACAUGGCCAGCCGGUCUGCUGUGGUAGAUGGGCAAGAGGACAAAAGCAACAGUCAUGACAUCCAGAAGAGGAACAACGCAAACAGGUGCCCUCCAACCUCAGAACACAUGGAGCUGGAUGAAUGCAGCUGCCGUCGUGCCAGCUCCUCCAACUUCUCCUUCGAUGGUGGUGAUCAGGAGUGGAACCAGAACACUGGAGAACUGCUGAGGAAUGAGGAUGCCCUGAACAGUCGGACAUGCAGCUGUUCCAGCUCCGAGCUCCAGCACUGCCGCUGCUACAGUUCAUCAAGUCAGUCUGAAGUGACUGACCAGCAGAUGGGCUACAUCAGUGACUCCUCCUGCAACAGCUCUGAUGGGGUGCUGGUGAACUUCAGCGCUCUCUACAACAAAAUGAAUAGUCAGUCUCGCUCUAACCUGAAUUCAGCCAACCUGUCCUGUGACUCUUCCUUCUGCAGCCACUCAGACACAGGAGCUUUUUACCUGGAUUUGCAUUCAUCACCCACAGAAUCCAAGAUGUCUUGCGAGUCACAUCACCAAGAGAGUUCAGGGAAGGUGUGUGGGUGUCAACACUCCUCUUCACCUGUCCUAGAUGCUAACUGCAACUCCUACCACCUCCACUGUGAGCCUUGCACUUCAGAGAGCUCAGACCUCACUGCUUGCUUCCAGAGCCAAGCACGGCUCGUUGUGGCUACGCAGAAUUAUUACAAGUUAGUCACAUGUGACUUGUCUUCCCAGUCAUCCCCCAGCCCAGCAGGAUCUUCCAUAACUAGCUGCUCGGAAGACCAUACCAAAGGUAGCCCAGCCCAGCCCACUGAGUACUAUCUGUUUAGAAGGCCUGACCUGAGAAAAGAAGAAGAAAGGAGCGUGGAACGCAGUGAGGAGGAGGCAAAGCAGGAAUCCACCCAUAACAUUAUUGAGGGUCAGGUCUAUGUGAACGUUUCACCACCCAACCUCAACACAAGCCGGCAGCGCUCCAGAAGCUAUGAUCAGAACCUGGACAGGAGUCCCAGCAGCAGGCUGGGCUCCUUGGAGCGCAUGGUGAGCUGUCCAGUCAAGCUGAGUGAAAGCCCAGCCAUACCCAUCCAGAGUUCUCCCCCGAAGCGAGUGACAUCUUUUGCAGAACUGGCUAAAGGCCGUAAAAAGAAUGGCACCUCCCCACCACUCCGUUCUAGUGGUGAUUCCUCCUUGGAGUUCUCCCCUAUCCCUGAGGCACAGCGGGAUUGCCCAAACUUCCUUGAAGAAAGAGCUCGUCGCAGCCAGAGUCUUCCACCCAUGCCCUUCAUCCACGGCUUGAACCGGAGCUAUGAAGGCUUCUGUAUGAAUCACAAUUUUGGGGACAGCCAGGCUUUGUGUUCCACCAAAGACUCUGUCUCCAGUGAGAAGGUCCUCAGUGGGCAUGGGGCAGGUGAGCAAGCCUCUCUCUCCCUGCUGACGGAGGUAGAUGCCAGCUUCUCAGGUGGCUAUGCCAGUGGCCAUGGACAAAGAGAUGUUAGAGCCCGCGCAGACGGUGGUGGCACAGACAGCAAGCCUGUGGUACGCUACAGCAAGGACCAGCGUCCCACGACUCUGCCCAUCCAGCCCUUCGUUUUCCAGCACCAUUUCAGCAAGCCAGCCAAGGCGCGUGCCCUGCACAGCCAUUUUGCCUCCAGCCUUUCUCAGCUCUACAGCUUGUCCAGCAACCGGCCUGCCAGCCAGCAGAUCUCUUCCAAUAACCAGUCCUCAACUGCAGCCACCUUGGCAGAGCAGGCAGCGGUGGCAGGGAGCCAAGCCCACAGCACACUCCUGACCCAGCGCUCAGCAGAUGGAGCUGCCUCCCGAAAUGAUGGCUGUGCUAAGAAGCCCACCCCUGAGACAACCCGGCCGUCCCCCCUGGGCAGUUACUCUCCUGUGCGAUGCAACGUGCCUUUCUUUCAAAGUGGGGACUCCUCUUCCUCACCCACCAUGGAGAGAGCUGGAGAGAGCCAGCCCCCCAGGAGCCGGUCCUGCCCUAUCUCUGCGAGCCUGCUUCCCACGAGGUCUUCGCCUGCUGUCAGUGCCAUGCAGCCCUCCCAAGCCACCAAAGCUGAUGCACUGAGGCAAAAGGAGAAUCCCAAGAUUAUUCCCAAGAAGGAGGCAUCGCUGGAGCCAAGCCCACCACUCUCUGAGUACCGACUCCACAGUGGGUCCCUCCCACCCCUCUCAAUAGGUGGUAUGCCCAUGAACAAAGUAGGAGGCCAUGCAGAUCCCCACUGGAGAAGUGGCAGUGAGACCAGCAGCUCUGGUCCCCUGAACAGCAUAGGAAUGCGGGCUCUCAAUGCGAACCACCUCUCUCCCCAAGCACUGAAGUGGCGAGAGUACAGGCGGAGAAACCCCCUGGGCCUGGACCGCAUUUCAGGGCUGCCCAGCUUAGCAGGCAGCCUAGACAGGAGGCAGCAAGAGCCUCAUCUGAACCAGGGGAACUCCAUCUUUGAGCUCCCUGGGACUCUCAACACCAGCCAUUUCCACUGCAAGCUCAACGGACAGUCUAUGAGGCAACUCCAGCUUACCUACACUGACUUCUUCCCUGACUACUUCUCGCUAGCGGAGAAGCCUCCUGCUGAGUUCUGCCUCUCCCCAGAUGGCAACACAGAAUCCAUCUCCAUUGACUUGCUGCAGAAGAAGGGUCUGGUGAAGGCAAUCAACACUGCUGUUGACCUGAUCGUGGCUCACUUUGGAACCAGCAGGGAUCCAGGGGUGAAGGCCAAACUUGGGAACAGCUCUGUGAGCCCCAACGUGGGACAUCUCAUCCUGAAAUACCUGUGCCCUGCUGUCCGAGACAUUCUGAGUGAUGGGCUCAAGGCUUACGUCCUGGACAUGAUCAUUGGCCAGAGGAGGAACAUCCCCUGGAGCGUGGUGGAGGCAUCCACUCAGCUUGGGCCCUCUACCAAGCUGCUGCACAGCCUCUAUAGCAAGAUCAGCCAGUACACGGAGCUCACCAACCACACCAUGAGAUUCAAUGCGUUCAUCUUUGGCCUCCUCAAUAUCCGAUCCUUGGAGUUCUGGUUCAACCACCUCUACAACCAUGAAGAUAUCAUCCUGGCACAUUACCAGCCAGUGGGCUUCCUAUGCCUGUCCCACAGCGUGUGCCAGCCUCUAUUUGAGGAGCUGCUGCUCCUGCUCCAGCCUCUCUCCCUGCUGCCCUUUAACUUAGACCUCCUUUUUGAACACCACCUGAUGCAAAUGGGCAAAGAGCAGCAGCAGCAAAAGGAGCUGCUGCGUGUGAAGCAGGACCUGCUGCUUUCUGCACACUCCACCCUGCAGCUGAUGCGGACACGGGCCAGCAGCGAGGAUCCUGAUGGCUGCAGCCGCAGCACCCAGCAAGCUGUGAGUGAGAGGGUCAAAGGUGUGGGGGCCUCCUGCGGAGAUGGAGACGGUGAUGGGGAGGAAGAGCAGAGGAAAUCACGAGAGAGCACGUGCGAGUUCAAGAAGGACAAGCAGGCAGGCUGGUGGUACCAACUCAUGCAAAGCUCUCAGAUUUACAUUGAGAGUUCGACUGAAGGCUCAAAGUUCAUCCGCUAUGAGAAGAAGAAGGCUUUGAAUGCUAUGCCCCAGUCAGCAGAGACCUGCAAGGCACCACCCCCGCGUGAAGGAGUUGUGGAGGGUGCAGAGGCUUGUCCCAUUGCUGAGGAGGUAAAGGAACGGAGCUGGCCCUUCUGGAUGGGCAGCCCCCCUGACUCAGUGCUUACAGAGCUGAAGCGCAGCAAGGAGAAGGAGAUGGGGACUCAACAAAGAGUGGGAGCUGCAAGCCCCCAAGAGGAGAGCAGCAUCAGUGCAUCAGAGGGCAGCCAGCCCAUCAAGUGGGGACACUUGUUUGGGUCCAGAAAGAUGCAAAAGGAGACCAGGCAGCCUAACAGGCUGCCCUCCGGCUGGCUGAGCUUGGACAAGUCUGUGUUCCAGCUGGUGGCCCAGACAGUUGGGGCUAGCAUGUGGAGAGAACCGGCCCCUGAGCCAGAGCUCCCGCAGCCAGAGCCACCUGAAGUGCCCCCUGCUGUCCGUCUGGCCCGGGGGCUAUCUCCCCACCCUCCCUGUGAGGUGAAAGCUCUUUGUCAUCACAUUGCCACCGAGGCUGGACAACUGAGCUUCAAGAAGGGGGACAUCCUGCAGGUCAUCUCCAAGGUGGAUGGUGACUGGCUGCAGUGCAGCCUCGGCUCCGAGAAGGGACUGGUGCCCGUCAUGUAUGUCACCCACCCGGACAACGAGGACUAUUGACAUGGCUGGGAGGCCAAGCACAGUACUGUGGGCUGCUGAGGCUCCUUUGGAGAAGCCCACCCUGCCAGAAGAACAGACACAGCUUCUUGCUAGUUUCUUACCUUUCUUGCCAUUACAGAAUACAAUAACCGUAGGUGGUUCCUUCCUUCUCCUCCUUGUGCAGCUGCCAAAGGCCAACUUGGCCCUUGGGCUCUUCUGCAAGCUGCACCUCCUAUUGUCAGGCAUUGCUGUGCAUGCAGCCACACUGGGGACUGCCUGAGUCCCCUCCACCCCAUGCUGUGUCCAGCAUCUGUAAGGCCAUGAACUCAUAUAUAGAGGAACCCAAGCAGUCCCUGCCAGGGCAGCACUGCCCAGCCUAGUUUCAUGCUGAAGGUGCAGGAUGCUGGCUGUCCCCUCCCCGGGGGUGGCAGUGCAGUCUGCAGCCUUGAACAUCGUCAGCCACAGGGGUGGAAGUAUUGUGGGUAGUGAAGGCUGAGUUGAUAGGUUGCAUUGCAGCUUGGUGGGGGGCUGCCAGGUAGGUUCCUUCACACUGGAGCAGCCCUGUCGUAGUGUUUUACAGUGGUGUCUGGUGGGUUGCACUGGGCCAAAUGGCCUGGUGCUGCCACCCUGCGGGGUUGGGGCUGUGCCUGGCCAUGGCCAGAGGAGGGGUACAGGGGAUGUGUGUGUGUGUGUGUGGAGCAAAAGGGUGUGUGGGGUCAUGUGGAAGGCACAUGGAUGUUCAGUGUUACAUAGGUCCAGGGUGGGUAGUGCCACCCUGUGCAGAGAUGGAUGCUUUGGGGGGUAGCCCCAAGCCCUCGACACUGAGCAAGGAGCCAGUGCCUGGGAAGCUCUGGAAUGCUCAAUUGAGGGGAUAUGGAGGGGAGGGGAUGAGGGCAGGGUCCCUGACUGAGCCAGGUAUGUUUUUUGGAGUUAGGGGCAGUGCUCCUGGCCAGUAGAUUAGGGGGUGCUCCCAGAGGGAGCUGGGGAAUUGGGGAGGGAGGGAUGGUGUUUCCCUUGGCAUAGGGUUUCCGGUCUUGCUGAGCAGUGUCAUGGGGUGGGGGGUGACAAGUGUUGUGCAUGAGCACAAGGGGCUGCUGGGGUUCCUGGGGUCCUCAGUAGAAGCAAUGCCAGUCAACUCCUUCCUUACCAUGUUCAUGCCACCUGCUAAAGUGGGGAUAUUUACCUGCCUAUCAAGGGGGUAACAGUGUUAGUGAAAGGCCAUGCCAGUAUUUGGUGCCUUGGCCGAUUUGACGCUGCUUGCAGCAUCGUGCCUGGGCUGGCUUCCCCAUGGCGAGGGGCCCUGGUCUUGCAAGGUUACCUCCUGCUUGUACAUCGCUUCGCGGAUGUUGCACCGUAUUUAAUUUGUAUUUCCCUGUUAGAAGGAGGUGUCUCGCCUUUAUUUAUUUCUUUAUUUAUGAUGCAUAUUAAUA